AUGGCUCUCCCAAGGUCUUCGGCUCUCCGGAGCACCAUUCGGUCUUUUACCAUUCGCAGGACUGGCACACAGGUCCGAUCGAACCUGCGUUCAAUUGGCCGACGAACAUAUGCCAGCGGCCAUGAAGCAAAAAGCAGCAGCGACAUCCCAUGGUUAAUCGGCUCUCUUGCCGCCACUGUCCCCGCUGCCGGAUGGCUCUGGCAACAGGGCCCAGCACCUUCCGAUCACAGCCAUGGCCACGGAGAUCAUGGAGAGGAAGAAUCACACGAGGAAGAAUCCAAGGAAGAGGAGGAACCUGCAGAGAAGGAGGAGGAGUCUAAGGAUGAUUCUUCCGACGACAGCAAAGAAGAGUCUGACGAUGAUGCUAAAUCAGACAGCUCAGACGAGGAUGGUCCAGCCUCUCCUCCAAAGGAUGCAAAGGUUUCGGAGAAGAAGGGAGAGAAAGAUGCUGCUUCAGAUGAAUCUGGAGCCAAGAACCCGUUGUUGGAAAGUGGCGAGAAGAGCAGGAAACCAGAGGGCGUGCCAGCGACAGCUAAGAUUCAUGGCACAGUCGACUCCUCUCGACCUACCAAAGGUAAAAAGCCAGCCAACCAAGAAAAGGAGGAUCAGGAUGAGGAUGACAAGGAGGAGGAAGGCGACUCCAAGGAGGAGUAA